CUGCCCACACAUCCCGCUGCCCGCUCCUUCCUGGCCACUGCUCUGGCCCUGCUCCCUGUUGUACAGGAGUCUCAGGCUUUCUGCGUCUCCAGAACAGUGCUUUCGGCUGCCUGUCCUUGAUGCCUGCACUAGGGCUGUGCUGCUGUCAAACAGGGGUGUGAGAGGCCAUCUCUGCCAGCUGUCCAUCAAGAUGUUACAGGUACCGCUGCCCCUGGAUCGAGAUGGGAUCCUCUUCCGGCUCCGUUUUACCACACUGGCCGUUGGCACUGUGUUUUGCCCACUCUUUGGUUUCCUUUUCUGUGUGAUCUGGUCUCUGCUGUUCCAUUUCCAGGAGACGACAGCAACCCAUUGCGGGGUCCCUAACUACCUCCCCUCCAUCAGCGCCGCUAUCGGAGGCGAGACUCCCCAGCGUUACGUCUGGCGCCUCUGCAUCGGCCUCCACUCGGCUCCCCGCUUCCUGGUGGCAGUCGCUUACUGGAAACACUACCAGAGCUGCCACUGCUCGCACCCUCGCUACCUGCGCUUGUGCCACUUCAACCUGCUGCUCAACCUGCUUGAAAACUUCUCCCUCCUUAUUCUGACGUACGUGUCCUCAUCUGAAAACUAUGCAAUCCAUGAAAAUGCCUUCAUCGUCUUUAUCACGUCGGCUCUGGGCCACAUGCUUCUGACGUGCAUCCUCUGGAGAAUGACUAAGAAACACACAGUAAGUCCCGAGGAGCGCAAGUCGUACAAGUGGAAGCAGCUGUUCUUCUUCUUCACCUUCAUCACGUUUGCAUUUGCCGUGUGCGUCUACUUCCACCACAACUGGUACUGCAGCCCUGGAGUGUACACCAUCUUCGCCUUCCUGGAGUACCUGGUUGUCCUCUCCAACAUGGCCUUCCACAUGACUGCCUUCUGGGACUUUGGCAACAAGGAGCUGGUGGUGAGCUCGCUGCUGGAGGACAAGCAUUUCUAGCCGGCCUGGUGCCACAGCCGGCCGUGUGCUGGCUGUGAUGCCAGUGCCAGGUGGGGGCUGCUGAUCCCCUGGGGGAGGCAGAGAACUUCUUCCCUCUCCUGCUGCCCCCAGGGCCGGGGCUGGAGCGUUUGCUGUGGAGCUGCUGCAAGGAUCAUCCCGGGGUCCUGGACCCCACAAGUGUCUGUGCGUGGUCCCUGGCUGUGCCUGGAGCUCUCUUACAGGGUAGCUGGGGGCUCUUGCUGAGGACCCUCGAGGCCAGUACCCCCUGCCCUAGCUCCCUGCUGCCUACCGGGAUGGGCAGGAGGACAGAGGAGAGGGGCAGGUACCUGCUGACUGUUUCUUUGGAGGAUGUUCCGGACAGAGCAGGAUUCUGCUCCCAGCAUCAGGGCAUGGGGGCGAGUCUUGCCCUGCCCCUGCUUUGCGUGGGUGAUCUCAUGGUUCCUCCUCCAGGCUGGGGGUCCUUGGCCAAGGUCCUCAAAAAGGGCUGGUGGCCUUUUUGGCCUCGAAGCUUAAGGCAGCCUCAGGAGAAGGAGCACUUUCUGCCCCUGCAUCUCUCUGGUUGCACUCCCAAAACGGAGCAGCCUGCAGCCUUGUCUUCUCAGAAAGCCUUUGCUGCAGGGCUGGGGCUGGGGCAGAGCUGGGCCCAUGCUGCGGUGCUUGGGGCUGGGUCCAGGCUCUUCCUGAGCCUGGGGUCAGCAUGGGAGCCGUGGCUGGGGGCUGGCGCCGGGCACUGCUCUCCCAUCCGGGGCUGGGGCAGGGUCCCAGCUCAUCCACGCCUGUGUCGCUGAGAGGGGAGCGUCUUCGAAUGUACCAGCCUGUGCACAGACUGUACAGGAGAAAGGCAUGAGGGCACGAGUGCAGGGGUGCAUGGGGCACAGCAGAUGCUGAGAGCAUCUACGCUCUCCUGCUCUGCCUUUCCCAGAAGCCCCCUCCAGCAAGCAAAGGGUGCUCGCAGGGAUGCUGGGCUCUGGUUCAAGCCCAGUUUGGGGAGGAAGGGCGAGUGGACUGGUGCUGGAGGUCCUCGCUCUGACAUCCGCACGGCUUCCCCUGUGCUGUAGGGCUUCAGCUGGGAACUGUUGGGGUCCAGUGGUGCUGCUGCUGCCCCGGGAGGAGGGUGCUGAUGGUGACCCCCCAUCUGCGGGCUCUGGCUGCCAGGGCACAGGGGGCUGACAUGGCGGUGGUGCCGUCUGGGUGGGAGCUGGGAUCUGGCAGCAUCCCCAGGCUCCUCUGCUUUUCCCCGUGCACAGCCGGGCUGGGCAGCACUGGUGGAAGGGGGCUGCUGCUGCUCUGGCUCACGGGGGCCAUGGCUAUGACCCAAGAGGGCUUGGCCACAUCCUGCACAGGGAGGGACCGGGAAGCUGGUGCUGUGCUUGGAGAGGUAGCACAGGGCUCGCUCCUAGAGGCUCUCUGGAAAAGGAAUGGGCAGCGAUUGCAGGCAGGGGGAGAGGGCUGAGCCUGUCGGCACCAGGAGCCUUCUGGAAUUUGGCGAGCUCUGUGCUUGCCAGGGCUCACCCUGCACUACGCUUGGCCAUGAAGGACCAACGGGGUUCCUGCAACCGCCCUUCAUGUGAAUGCAGCCACCACCAACGGUCCCCUGGGAUGUCCCCAUGCUCUGUCCCUGCGCUCCCGGGGCUUGGGCAGAGCCUUCUCCAGCAGGAGCUGCGGCACCCUGGCUGGUGGCCCUGGCUGAGCUGGGGCCAGGCUGGCCUUCGAGCGGGUCCUGCCUUGUGCGUGUCCAUCCGUGAGUGUCCCCACCGCACCAUGCCGGGUUCCAUCCAUCUCCCCUACCUGCAUGCCUGUGGUGUGCUGCCCGCCGCCAGCGUCUGCGCCUUGGUUUUGAGGUUGAAAUAAAGCACUGAGUAUUUUUGUGAGCUCUUGGCAAACUCUAUGCCGCUUCCACACAGCCCGGCCAGUGCACGGC